CUUCCUUUUUCAUCCCUGGAGGGACACAGUCUGUCGUGUGUUUUGCUCAAACAUCCCAGUCAUAUGAUGUGGCAGGUUGAUUGAGUUUGGCAUCUGAGUUUGGGAUUUGUGUCGUGAAUCUAUAGUUGCCAACAUAUAUAACACAUAUCAGUGGUUGGCCAUUGUGAGGACAACAUGCUUGUGGUAUUUGGACUCCUGAUGAUGUUAACUGGACUCUCUAAUGGCACGGAGGAGAAAUCCUGUGAUGCUAGACAGAACAUGUCAUGUCACGGAGCUCUGGGAGAAACUGUCUAUCUUCAGCUGAUGAAUACUGCCACAGGGUCUGAACUAAUAUUCAAAAAAGACCCCACUGGUGCAAGUAUAAAGAUAUUCACAAUGAAAAACAACACAGUGAGAAUCCAUGACUCCAUUAAAGCUAGAUCAGAGUUCUUUAUCAACAUCGGAACAUUUAGGAUAUCUAACACAGAAAAGAGUGAUUCUGGUGAAUAUGUCUUAGAAAUAUAUGAUUCAAAUGGAACACAUUUGAGCACCGGAGGAGUACAACUGAUCAUUGGAGGAGAAUCUUAUGGGACUGUCAUAGGCUCACUAGUAGCUGUGGUCCUGGUCCUAACCGUGGUGGUGGGACCUUACUGUAUUCACAAGAGGAGGACACCUUCACAGAUUCCAGUCCCCACAGAUGCUGAUGAGAGUCCAGAACUGGAAUAUGCUGACAUCAAUGUUCUAAAGACGAUGGAGAAACACAGGGAGGUUCCAGAGGAUGUGGAGUAUGGACAGGUUGUAGUAUUGAAGGGUUCCAGACCAACCACAGAGAGAGACAGACCUGAGGGGCGGGAGGAGACUGUGUAUGCUGGAAUACAGCUUGACCAAUGAGAGAGAUUCUUGUGAAGGGUUGAUAUUUAGACAUAACAUUAAAGCUCUGUUGCUUCUUUUGUUACUGUAACUAUUAGUAUCUAACGUUCCCAUAUUUCUGUACAUAUUUACAUGAAAUGUAAAUGAACAUCCCAACAACUAAACUGUAUACACUGGC